UUAGACAAGUAAUAUACUAUACCACGGCUAUAGACUCCCAACAAUAGGGUUUUGUUAUUCCGAGACGUUUUCAUCUCUACGGGGCCUCUAUUGGUGUUUCUCAUCGGCAAGAUACACAGGAUCUUUUCGAUCCACAAUUCGGAAUAUUUUAAUUUGUACAAGUAAAACAAAUAAAAAAGAAGAAAUGGAUUAUAUCGGAGUUAUAAUUCUCGCGGCCAUAUCAGCGACCAUCACAAUGGUUCAAUGCCGAUCUUUAUCAGGCACAAGUCAAAAACUGCAUUACACGGAUGCUCACCAUUCACUGCAUCGGCUGGUCCGAAGCACAACCCACACACACUUGGAAGAUUUUGAAAUCGCUGUUCCUGAACUGAUAGAUGAUGCUGGAAAUCAUCUUACACACUCGUUACAUCAAACCAGGGUUCGUCGUAGUCUCUCUGAAGAAGAUCAAUCGCAUAUUUUCAAAAUAUCAGCUCACGGACACGAUUUCCAUGUUGAACUUUCAGAAAACAACAAUCUCUUAUUUGCUCCCACAUUCGCGGUAAAGAGAAUCCGCAGGGAUGCAACGACGGGAAUUUUGAAAGAACAUGAAGAAAGAAGCAACGGACUUGACUGUCAUUAUACAGGAAAAAUGUUGUCUCACCAAAACAGGACAACGGCCAUCAGCACUUGUGAUGGACUGUCUGGACUACUCAGAACUGGAGAAGACGAUUUCAUUAUUGAGCCAAUAUCACCGGAAAUUACAAGCCAUUUCCCUUCUCCCCAACAUCCCCAUAUCAUCUACAAACGAAAACACCUGGGAAACGGAAAGAAUGGAAAACAAAAACUUCACUAUUGCGGAAAGCAAAAAAGACAUCCAACAGCAAUAUUGGAAGACGCGGACGCCCAAAUUCGGCAAUUGUCAGAUGGUGCAAUCGUUGUCAAAACCCCAAAACAAGUUGAACAUGAAUAUGGCAGAAAUCCACACUUCGAUGAUGUAGAUGAGGACCCUAUAAAACUUGGCCGCCACAAACGUUCAGCGGAUCCUUGGGCCGCACAACGUCCUGGAUACCAAAGAAGAAGAGUCGUCGAAACACUGGUUGUUGCCGACAGACAACUCGUUAAAAAUCACGAAAACGACCGAGUUGACGUCACAACAUACAUAUUAACAGUAAUGAAUAUGGUAACUAGUCUUUUCAAAGAUGGGACCCUCGACGGAAACAUAGAUAUUGUUUUGAUCGGUAUAACUCUUAUGGAAGAUGACAAGGAACUAAGAUUGGACCACCGGGCUGAUAAAUCGUUGUCAAGCUUCUGUCAUUGGCAGACAAAAGCAAACACGACCACCGGUAGAAAACCUGAUCAUUCUAUUUUACUCACGGGCAUAGACAUCUGUAUUGAUAGAAAUCAACCAUGCGACACUUUAGGUCUUGCUCAGAUUGGAGGAAUGUGCAGUCGAUCGGACAGUUGUACAAUCAACGAAGACAUGGGUCUCGGACUCGCUUUCACAGUUGCCCAUGAAACAGGACAUAGUUUUGGUAUGAAACACGACAGCCAAGGGAAUUCAUGUAGCAAAAGAGGUGGACAUAUCAUGUCACCCACAUUAAAUACACUUAAUGGUGUGUUCACUUGGUCAUCAUGUAGUCGGAAAUCAUUGCAACAAUUUUUGAAGUCUGACCAUUCCAGCUGCCUCGACGAUGCGCAAAGUUCAGUUCCAACUUCUUUAACGGCAAGAACAAAACGACAAGAACUACCCGGGCAAAUUUAUAGCGCCAAUGAUCAAUGCAGAAUGCAGUUUGGCUAUGGUGUCAAACUUUGUUAUUUUCGGCACAUUGGAAAUAUGAAAUCAGUUUGCAAAUCUCUCUGGUGCCAAAGAAGUAACGGAGUUUGUGAAACAAAAUUUAUGCCAGCUGCUGAAGGAACAUCAUGCGGUCGAAAUCAGUGGUGUAGAAGAGGCGAAUGCGUUCCACGGGGAUCCUCUGGGCCACAAGCAGUUAACGGAGGCUGGUCGGAAUUCGGACCUUGGUCCGACUGUAGCAGAACUUGUGGUGGUGGUGUUACUUAUCAAGAACGUAUUUGCAACAGUCCAACUCCGAAAUAUGGUGGUCGAUAUUGCGAAGGAGAAGAUAAAAUCUACUCAUUGUGCAAUACUAUGGAAUGCCCUCCAUCGGCACUUGACUUCAGAGCACAACAAUGCGCCGAAUUUAACAGUAAACCUUACCGCAGACAAUACUUCAGCUGGGUGCCGUAUACAAAAUAUUGGAAAUAUGACUUCAACAAAUGCGAAUUAUUAUGCGAAGCCGAAGGAUAUAAAUUUUUUGACCUACUAGCCCCCCAAGUGAAGGACGGCACAUCAUGUAGUGAUGACUCCAAAGAUGUAUGCAUCGCUGGCCAAUGCACGCAUGUUGGAUGUGACAACAUUCUCAAUUCAAACGCGACCGUCGACGCCUGUGGGGUAUGUAACGGCGAUAACUCAACGUGUAGAUUCGUUAACGGGACCUUUGAUGAUUAUGUGCCUGACAGCGGGUAUUACCACGUUACAAGAAUUCCCGAAGGAGCCAGUUCUAUUCAGAUAUGGGAAGAGAAGUGUUGCACACAUACUUACAUCUCUGUGAAGAGUGCACGCGACCCAACGAGGUAUUACUUGAAUGGCAAUUGGAGAGUGGAUUUGUUCGGCGAACUUACUUUCGCUGGAGCGAAAUGGCAAUACCGAAGACAAACUUUGGAGAACGAGAUUCUGUCAACAAACGGUCCAAUAGACGAGGAUUUAAUUAUAGAGGCGCUGAUUGUAAGAGAAAAUCCUGGAAUAGCUUAUUCGUAUGCAAUGAAAGAAAUUGAUAACUCUCUACCUCACAUGCCUGUGGAAAUUCAUACCUAUUCCUGGGGAAAAGAACGAUCUGCUUGUUCCAAGUCUUGUGCAGGAGGCCAACAAGAUGUCGUUGCGGUAUGCAUUGAAGAUGGAUUAACCAAAGUCGAUGAUAAUCUUUGUACUUCAUCUCCGAAGCCAGGGAAAAGAACAGAGAUAUGUAAUUCUGAACCAUGUCCUGCUGGAUGGGCGACCGAGGAAUGGAGCGAAUGUAGUCGAACAUGUGGUGGUGGUUUACAAACAAGAAGAGUUACAUGCAGGCGAAACACUACCGACGGUGAAGAAUACGUAGCGCCUAACCAUUGCGACUUGUCAAAUAAGCCAAUGAGAAAUCAAAUUUGCGCCAAAGAAGAAUGUCCAGCCGAUUGGAAAGCGGGAACUUGGUCUCAGUGCUCCAAAACGUGCGGUCGAGGUAUCCGCACGCGACCAGUGUCUUGUCGAAGCGGAAUGCGAAAGGUGCCCGAAAACAGAUGUGACAAAGCACGGAAACCACAUUAUCGACAAACAUGCCUGGUAGCCUACUGCCGGAGAAAACAAUUUCAGUGGUUCAUAACUGCGUGGAGAAGAUGUUCUGUAACCUGCGGCGAAGGACAACAAACUCGACAGCUGAAAUGCAGUUACAAAGACAGAACUGGGAGGUACAAAUCUGUAAACGCCAGAAAAUGUGGACACGCUAAGAAGCCUAAUCUGUCACUUGUUAGGACUUGCUCUAAACGCGCCUGCCCAACGAUUACAACGUUGCCCGAAACAACCAGACAACCGACAACCAGUCAACCGAGAAGAAUGACGUCACCAUCUAGACACGUGACACACCAACAUCACAAAGUACAAUCUGGGAAAUGGAUCUCAUCAUCCUGGCGACAGUGCUCAGUUUCGUGUGGUGGUGGUCGUCAAGUUAGGACAGUGAAAUGUAUGCUUGGAGGAAAUCUGUCGAUAUCGUGCUCCAGUAGCGAUAGGCCGUUGAAUGCGAGAGCAUGUAACACAUAUCAAUGUCCGACAAUAAAGAAAAAAGAAGAACCCCUCUGUGAAGAUAAGUAUAAAUGGUGUUACCUCGUACCUCAGCACAACACUUGUUCUCAUAAGUUCUUUGGACCACAAUGCUGCAAAUCUUGCAAAGGUGUUUGAACACAUUCACAUAAGCGGGUUUCAUAAUAAUAAUAAAACCGUGUGGAAUCUAUUUCACCGGUACAAAACCGAGCUCGAGUAUUCUGUGAGAGGAGAGAACCAACCAUGUGUGUGAUCUUGCCCGGAAGUUUCACCGAUUCUGUGAGCUGGAAAUAAAGCCUUUCGCCGGUCUCGAUUGGCUGUUUACGCAACUAUCACGCCGGCCCUGGUGGCCAUUACCGCGUGACUUCAUCAACUUCAUAAACAACUUCAUCAAAAGCUAAAUUAAGAACAAGUUUUGACUGAAAAAUUUAAUUAUCUGAUACUCCUUACUAACUAAUUCAGAACAACUUUCAACUGUUUAUUUUGUGUAUUUAAUUUUGUUACUUUAUUAUAUACAGUGACUUCAUAUAUUGUACUGAUUUUUACGUUUUUCCCCUUUGUUUUGUUUUCAAAUUUUUGUUGUCAACAAGUCGAUAACUCGCUCUUCAAUUGCGUCAUAUUUUAGCGUGAAAGGCUUUCGGCAUUUUUUGGUUACGCUGUGCCUAUUGUAACGUAAAUUUGCUAUCCUGCAUGUCUUGACUGUGCGUUUUAAUAUCGAAAUGACUUCCAAUUAUUUCAAUACUUCCCGUUGGAAAAUGUUUUGUUAAUUUUCUGGAAUCCAUCUAAUGCUAUGUUUUGUGAUAUUUUUUUCAGCCAAACAUUUGGACAUCGACUGGUUCGAUGAGGAUUUGUUUUAUAUUAUUUUGUCAUGUAUUUUUUGAAUGCAUCAUAUCAUGCGAAAAAUUAUUCUAAUGUUCGUUAUUUUACAGUUGCAUUACUACAGAUACGUCCGAAAAGUUCUGAAACUAUUUUCACCCCACAAUGUAAAAUUUAGUAUAAAUGAAUAACGUGAUAGAUUAUUAAAUUGUGAUUCAUGUCCUGAAAAAUUAGCCUUUCAAUUAAAUAUUCUAAUGAAUAUUUUAACUUUAUGAAUUAGCUAUUUUUUGCCCGCUACGAUAGGCAAGCAUACGAUUGCUAUUCUUUAACAUUCCCAUGACUAGCACCGUGAUUUACCCUUUGGUUCUUGUCUUAUGGCUUAUAUGUUUCUUGAUGGUUACCGACCAAACGAAACAUUCCCUUUUUGUAUCAUUCCAUAUGAAUUUCUAUCUCACCAACUUCACUUUAUUUUGAUAUAUUUUUGACUUUGAAAUUCACUGUGCUUUUUCGUAUUAUUUAUUUUCCUUACUGUUCUGUAAUAUUAAUUAUUAUCACUUAUUAUUUUUACUAUAUUUUCUUUACUUGUUUCUGAUAUUUAUAUCGCAGUAUAUUUUCAACAUCGCCACUGAAUAGCGCGUUUUAUA